AUGGAAACGGGUAAUAAAACAUUUCCGGGAAACGGAAACGUUAUAAAAGUAAAAGUGGAAGGCCAAGGUCAUAAUUCUCCAAAUCUUCAGCAUUUUGUUAUGGGUGAUGUAAAUAAGAAUGUUACAAGAAAGCUGCAGUCGUCCCAACGACCAGUCUUUGACGUCAAAGCAAAUAAUGAAUCAUUACUUCGGCUAUCCCGAGUUCAUUCAUCGGAUCGACAUUUGUUGCCAAUUGAACCAAAAGAUUUGCCAAAGUUUGAAAAAAUCGAUUUAUAUUUAAGAAGAUAUCAUAUGCAAGCAAUUCAAGAUGCUAAAACACAAGCUCUCGUGAAAAAGUCCCAGUUAAAGUCAAAUAUUAAUAGAUAUGAUAUUCUAUUGCAUAUUGACCCAGAAAUUCUAUUGGAAUUUGAUUCCAUACUUGGUAAUGACCUUCUUAAUAAUUUUGUCGCGUCGAACCUUGAAGGUGAUAUCACAACAGGAUGUACGGCAAUCAUUCAAUCUAUAUUAGGUUCUGAUGACAUUCUAAUGGCCGAGCAAGUUCGAUGUAAAAUUCGGCUAGAAUAUUUACCAGAAUUGCCAGAAUAUCGGAUGGACUCAAUAUCUGACGUGUUUGAUAAAACACGCCAUCGUCAAGAUCCUCUAUUUGCCGUUUUUCGAGGAAUUGUCGAAUGUUUAUGGAUGCCCACCUUUAUUAUUCGCACUUUCAAGUGUGAAAAUGUAGAGUGCUGCAAUAAGACUUAUUUGCACGUAGUACCAAGUGCUCGGAUAAAUCGUGUUAUUAAGCGCACUGAAGCUGGAGAAUAUUUUCAGACAAGCACGAGUACAACUUUACAUGAUAUUGAUUUAAAUUGUGGUUAUUGUGGUAAUGAAAUGAAAGAAAUGGUAGUUGACCGAGUAUACACGACAAGGCAAUGCAUCCGUAUUUCAUGCAUAAAGUCAACUGAAAAUAAGGGUCCAUUUUGCAAUUCAAUAAUUGCGGUCCUGCAAG